UUCAAAGAUUAGCAUAGAUUCUUUAGAUUUGGUGGAUGUUCGAAAUUUUAUUAAUAUGAAAAAUAAUGAAAAAGAAUCAAAAGAAUCUCCCAUAAAUAAUUGUAUAAUACCAAAUACUAUGAAAAUGGCUUUAUGUCACGUGAUAAAAAGAUUUAGGACAUUAAUAUAUGGUCAAUGUUCUGAAAUUUCUUAUCGAGAAAUUCUUAUAUUACCUGAACGUAAGGAACCUCUUUUAGAUUCAAGAACGAAUAAACCUUUUAUUAAUAAUUCGAUUACAACUUCCCGUUAUACAUUUUAUAAUUUCCUUCCAAAACAACUUUACGCUCAAUUCUCGAAAAUUGCUAAUCUUUAUUUCUUAUUCGUCGCUGUUAUACAAACAAUUCCUGGUUGGUCCCCUACUGGUCAAUUUACGACUUUAAUCCCAUUAUUAAGUUUUAUGUCUUUAUCUAUAGCUCAUGAAGGUUUUGAUGAUAUUCGAAGACAUAAACAAGAUAAAGUUGAGAAUAACAAUGAAUGUUUAUCGUUACAUGUAUAUCAUUCAAAUGAUGUUUCAUCUCAACGAAUUGGUUUAUGGACAAAAACAAAAUGGAAAAAUUUACAAGUUGGCGAUAUUGUUUCAAUAAAAGCUCAAGAAUGGAUUCCUGCUGAUUUAUUAUUGUUACAUUCAAAAGGAGAGGAAGGAAUAUGUUAUGUUGAAACUGCUGCAUUAGAUGGUGAAACUAACCUAAAACAACGACAAGCACUGAAAGAAACAAAUUCUUUAACUUCACCCGAGGCUCUUGCUAAUUUUUCCGGAAAUGUCAAAACCGAAAAUCCGAAUCAGGAUUUAUAUAAUUUUGAUGGAUCAAUUGAAUUUGAUGGAACAACUUAUCCAUUAACUAAUGAUCAAAUCUUAUUGAGAGGAACAAUAUUACGUAAUACUUCCGAGAUUUAUGGGUUGGUUAUCUUUACAGGGAGGGAAACAAAAUUACGAAUGAAUGCGACAAAAAAUAUUCGUACUAAAGCUCCUAGUAUACAAAAAUAUAUGAAUCGUGUUGUUAUGAUAAUAUUUUGCUUUGUAAUAAUUUUGGCUACGAUUUACACAAUUUUAGCUUAUUACUGGGCUGUAAAUGCAGGAGAUUUUUGGUAUUUGGGACAUCACCUAAAACAUAACGUUGUUUCCACAUUUUUCGCUUAUAUCAUUCUUUAUAAUACCAUGAUCCCAAUAUCUUUAUAUGUUACCUUGGAAAUUAUUAAAUUAGCUCAAGUUUAUUUCAUUAAUCACGAUUUGGAUAUGUAUCAUGAAGAAACCGAUACACCUGCUGAGGCUCGCACUUCUACAAUUAAUGAGGAAUUAGGUCAAGUUAAUUACUUAUUUUCCGAUAAGACUGGUACUUUAACGGAUAAUAUUAUGUUAUUUAGGAAGUUAAGCGUUGGUGGUAGAUCAUUUUUACAUGAUUUAAGUGUUCGUAAAUUUCAGGAUGAUGAAUUAUUAUUAAAACUUCAAAAACAUCGAAAUCGUGUAACUUCAUCAGGAAAUAGAUAUUCACUUUCUUCUAAUAAUCAUAAUAAUCAAACAGGUCGUGUUUCGAAUGAGAUUAUUGAAGAACAAAGUAUUCAAAUUGAUCCAUUAUGUAGAAAAAAUUCUGCUGCUAGUACUUUUUCAAUGAUUGCUCCUCGUUCAUCAGCGAAUAGUAGAUGUAAUUCAUUUGCAUCCAUGAAUUCUCAAAAAGUUAUUUCAAAUCAAAAGAUACUAUCUACGCUUGAUUUAUUGACCAUAAUUAAAUAUCAAUAUAAUACUCCUUUUGGAGAAAGGGCAAGAUUUUUUUUACUUGCCAUGGCUUUAUGUCACACGUGCGUUCCUGAAGUAGAUUUAAAUUCUCAAGAAAUUUUUUAUCAAUCUGCUUCUCCAGAUGAAUUUGCUAUAGUUACUACAGCAAAAGAAUUAGGUUAUAUAGUUUCAAAUCGUUCUAUGGGUGUUGUAUCUCUUCAAGUUUUUAAUGAUGGACCUGAUGGUUUAAAAGUUCCUAAUGAAGAUAAUGUGUCUUAUGAAGAUUAUAAGAUUUUGAAUGUUAUCGAAUUUUCAAGUAAAAGAAAGAGAAUGUCUAUUAUUUAUCGAUUACCUGAUGGAAGGAUAUGUUUGUUAAGUAAAGGAGCUGAUACUGUUAUACUUGAUAGGUUGAGACAUCCUCAAACCAAAACAAUGACAGAUAAAAAACUUUUCAUUGAAAAUACGAAUCAAAAUCCUGUGAAAGAUUUGUUUUCAAUUCAUGAUGAUAAGUGGCUUUAUAGUAGAACCAUUCAACAUAUUCAAGAAUUUUCAACAGAAGGUCUUAGAACUUUACUUUAUGGACAUAAAUUUAUUGAUGAAGAUGAAUAUACCACAUGGAAUAAAUUAUAUCAAUCAGCAUCCACUUCAUUGGUUGAUAGACAAAAAAAACUUGAAGAUGUCGCUGAAUUGAUUGAACGUGAUUUAGAAAUUACAGGGGCAACAGCGAUCGAAGAUAAAUUACAAAAUGGUGUACCUGAAACGAUUGAUAAAUUACGUAGAGCAGGAAUUAAAAUUUGGAUGUUGACAGGUGACAAACGUGAGACUGCGAUUAAUAUAGGACAUUCAUGUUCUUUGAUAAAAGAAUAUUCAACCAUAAUAAUCGUGGAUUCGAACGUUGAUUUAAAAAAGAAAUUACAAAGUUCUUUAAAGAAUAUUCAUAAAGGCAAAGCAAAUCAUGCGGUAGCAAUUAUAGAUGGAGCUACUUUAAUGAUUAUUGAACAAAAUCCGGAAAUCAUGGAUUUAUUUAUUAAUUUAGGUAUUUUAUGUGAAGCAGUUAUUUGCUGUCGUGUAAGUCCAUGUCAAAAAGCUCUUGUAGUUCGUAAAAUAAGAGAAAAAUUAACCAAUGCUGUUACAUUAGCGAUAGGAGAUGGAGCUAAUGAUAUUGCAAUGAUUCAAGAGGCACAUGUUGGAAUUGGUAUAAUGGGUCGAGAAGGUUUACAAGCUGCUAGAACAAGUGAUUAUUCAAUAGCACAAUUUCGUUAUUUAAUGUCAUUAUUAUUUGUUCAUGGACGAUGGUCUUAUAUUCGAGUUUCAAAAUUUGUUCUUGGAACUUUUUACAAGUGUAUGUGUUUUUAUAUUACACAGGGUAUAUACCAAUUUUUCACUGGAUUUUCUGAAACGAGUUUAUAUGAACAUUGGACACUUUCCGCUUAUAAUACAUUAUUUUCAUCAUUACCAGUAUUAGUUAUUGGUAUGUUUGAAAAAGAUUUGAACAAAAAAACGUUGAUGGGAGUUCCAGAAUUAUAUCAUACAAUGGGACAAUUAAAUUCAGCAUUUAAUUUAAGAAUCUUUUUCUCAUGGGUAUGUGCAGGAAUAUAUCACGCAGUCAUGAUAGUUUUAAUACCAUUUUGUUUACAUGAAGUUAUAACUGAAUUCGAAUUAAGAGCAAUUGGAUCACCUCCUCUUUAUGAAUUAGGAGUGACAGUAUAUACUUGCGUUGUAUUUGUUGUAACAAUUAAAAUAGCAUAUUUAGAAUGUCAUAAUUGGACUUUUAUUACACAUUUUACAUCAUUUUUAACAUUAUUUGGAUGGUUCUUAUUUCAAACUCUAUAUAAUUAUUUAUAUCCUCGUAAUAAUAAUGAAGUUAGAGGUGUAUUUUCAAAUGUUGGAGUUAAAUAUGAAUAUUGGUUUACCAUUAUAAUAACUGUUAGUUUAGCUUUGAUACCUAAUUAUUUAGUAAAAAUAGUAAAGAGUAUAGUGUUACCUAAUGAUGUGGAUAUUUAUCAACAAAUUGAAAAAGAUGAUAAAUUAUUGAAUCGAAUUAUUGAAGAAAGAAAUGAAAAUGAAAGAAGGUUAAUAGGAAGUAAAAAAGUAUUUAAUAAUGGAAUUGGUGAUGAUGAUAAAAUGGAAGAUUUGAAAGAUAUUGAUGUUGAAAUUAUUGAAAGUGUUGAUGAUGAUGAUAUGAAUGAUUUUGAUUUUGGUAUUAAUAACAAUAAUGAAUCAAAUAAUAUUGAUCAAACGAAAGAAAAUGAAGAUACGAAUGAUACUAAUAUGGAAUCUCUAGAAUCAUCACAAAAUCAACAAGAAUUAUGACAAAUAUAAAAAAGUUAUACGUGUAAAGGAAAAAUUUAUGAUCCCCUCCCCCCUUCUCUUUCUUCUAUACAAUUAUUUCCAACAAACAAUUCCAAAACGAUUUUUUAACCAAUGUCACAUUUUUAAUAUAUAAAUAAGUUCUUUUGUAUAUAGUUAUAGAAUUUUAACAUUUUGUAAAUUUUUAUCAAUAAAAUAAUAG